AUGGUGUCUGCCCCUACGACGGGCGGCACUGCCGCUGCUAACGGUAACGGAAGCGCGAACGCGAGCUCGCGAGCCUCUCCGGCCGUCGGCGCCCCCAAUACGGCCUCGGCCAAGUCGAAGGCCGCCCAGGUCAACUCCAACGGCUACCACCCGACGAACCCCCAAGUACCUCUCAGCUCCAUGCGAAGCACACCCCUCGACUUGACCUCGGUCGAGCGACGCGGACAGGCGACAGCGAUCAAGGAACCCGUCAAGAAAAAGUCCCGCCCUCACGGCCUUGAGGAUGCGCCCACCUACUGUCCGACGGACGAGGAGUGGAAGGACCCGAUGGAAUACAUCAAGAAGAUCUCUCCCGAGGCGAAGAACUACGGCUUGUGCAAGAUCAUCCCGCCCGACUCGUGGAACCCGGACUUUGCAAUUGAUACAGAGGUUGGUCUCAAUGUUACACCCAAGGAGCGCAGGCUCUGA